AUGCUGCGCUCCGUUUUUAUUGUUGUACUCUCCGCCUGCUCUUCAGUCUUUGCAGACCAAAAAUUCAGCAAUGAGGGGACCUUGAAGGGUUGGGAAGAAACCCAGACUGAGCACAACGGCAAACUCGAAGAGGUUACGGACGUUUUUUUCGAUAAACCUCCCGCGCUUCGUAUGACGCAGACAUUCGACGCCUCUUAUACCGGCCGGUACCAUUCCGAGGUACGAGCUUUGAACGGGUAUAAGCAUGGUGACGCGUUGUUUUAUGGAUUUGCCUUUCAGCUGCCGCCUGACUGGCAGUUUGAUCCUGCUCAAAGUUAUAACAUCGCACAAUUCAUUGCCCCAUUCGAUAAAUGCGACAGCUUCAUGCCAAGCACCAUGGUAUGGAUGGAAGGAACCAAGUUAUUUACACGCCUUAAGACUGGUAGCGUUUGCAAGCAAGAAACAAAGGAACUUCCGUUGGACGUUGCGGUCACCGCUGGUCAGUGGCACAAGAUCAUUAUCGGAGCCCAGUGGGCGAGCGACAACUCUGGAUUCUUUCGCUUCUUCUUUGACGGAAAACAGGUGUUAGACGAAAGCAACGUCGCCACGACCGUGUCCGAGGAUGUCACAUUCCAAUUUCGCGUGGGGUUGUACGCCAAUGGAUGGCACGACGACAAGGGAAUGAAGGGGAGCCAGGGCGUCAGGCAGGUUUUCUUUGACAAGGUCGCGAUUGCGACAACCCAAAAUGAGGCCGACCCUGAUCUCUGGUAA